GUGCACACAUCCCCCGGCCCUGGCGGCCCCGCGCCCGGUGUGACGUCCUUCCCCAAAACCACAGCCGCUCUUCCGCGCCCGCCUUUCCGUCCCCGCCCGGGCGGAGGGCGGCCCGCGAUGCCCUGCGGCUUUUGGCGGUUCCCCGGCCCCGGGGCUGCCCUCACGCUGCUGUCCCUCCCCACUGAUCACACCGGUGCUGCAGCUUGGGGUCCCAGGUGUCUCCCAGCACAGGGAGUCAUCCUGCAACUGCCUGUCCCGUACCAGCCGCCUCCAUCACGGCUCGUUUCCCAUUUCCAGACACUCCACUUCCUCUUCAAAACUUUCUCCUCGAGCAGAGCCGGUGCCAUGGUGCUGGGCCAGGCUGUGCUGGUGCUGCUGGCGCUGAGCAGCCUGUGGGUGUGUGGGGCUGAACCCCCUCCGGGGCCGCCCCAGGGCCUGCAGUGGGUCUGGGGGGUGGCCAGGCAGGAGCGGGCUGAGCCCCCCCGGCUCUCCCGCAGCAGGAGGGACGAUGGGGGGCAGCAGCCCGACACCACCACACCAGGGCACGACCCACCUGCCACUGCCAUGCCCAAGAAUAUCGAGACCGAUUCCCUUGAGCCCGACCUGCUGCUGGGUUCUGUGCCACCCCCCGGCACCAACGCCAGCCUGCACCAGGCACCCGCGGUGACAACCACGACCGAUCUGCUGGAUGAGACCGAUUCUCCUGAGCCAGACCUGCUGCUGAGCUCAGCACCCAGCACCAACACCAGCCUGCACCAGGCACCCGCAGUGACAACCACGACCGAUCCGCUGGAUGAGACCGAUUCUCCUGAGCCAGACCUGCUGCUGAGCUCAGCACCCAGCACCGACACCAGCCUGCACCAGGCACCCGCGGUGACAACCACGACCGAUCCGCUGGAUGAGACCGAUUCUCCUGAGCCAGACCUGCUGCUGAGCUCAGCACCAGCACCCAGCACCAAUGCCAGCCUGCACUGGGCACAUGUUGUGCCAAGCACAGCUGAUCCCCUGGACGAGACAGAUUCUCCUGAGCCUGACCUUAUGCUGAGCUCAGCACCAGCACCCAGUACCCACACCAGUCUGUACCGGGCUCUCAUGGUGCCAACCACAUCUGAUCCACAGGACGAGACAGAUUCUCCUGAUCCCGACCUGCUGCCGGGCUCUGUGCCACCGGCAGAGCCCGCCACACGGGCAGCACCCCAAAAGAGCGUCACCACUGUCCCCAGCUGGCUCACACCACCCGGUGAGGACGGGACCAUGGCCGGCAGCACGGACAGCAGCUCCUCGGUGACCCCAUCAGCUCCUGUCCCCACCACGGGUUCCAAGAAAGCCAAGGCUCCCUCCGGCCCGACACAUUCAGCCCCUUGGGACAUGGAGCCCUGGGAGCCCAACCGGGUGGUGGGCAAGUGCCUGCUGGCCAUCCUGCUGCUGGGGCUGGUGGCCGCCAUCUUCCUGCUGAGCACAGGGGUGCUGGGGGCCGUGCUGUGGCGGCGGGCGCGGACGGCCCAGCGUCGGCUCAGCCACACCGAGAUGGUUUGCAUCUCCUCCCUGCUGCCCGAUGGUGAGGCGGCCGCCAACGGCCCCCGGCCUGGCCCGGCCCGCCGGCCAAAGCUGCUGCUCGACGGCAGCUCCGAAGCCGAUGGGGACAACCUGACGCUCAGCAGCUUCUUGCCAGAGCACACCUGAGCCUGGGGACAGUGUCCUGCAUCCCAGAGCAUCAGAGGAGGUGGUGUCUGGUCUCCGGUGCUGCCACGCGUGGUCAGGGGACUGCCCCGUCCCCUUGGCUUUGUGAUUUACCCUGGACUGGUGUGGUGGGGAGCUGCUCCCCCAGUGAGUUCAGCCCCCGAGCCAACCUCAUUAAAGUGUUACUGGACAUGGUGGGUUACUUGGA